CUCUCCUAUCUUUACUAUUUCUCCUUCCCUUUUCUCCUUCUUUUCCUCUCUAAUACCAAUUUCUAGCUGACAAAGCAACAGCUGCUCAAAAUUCUCCUUUUCCAGCAGUUACUCAGUUUUUUGCAUCAAAAUGAGAGAAAAUUUGACAAGGUGGCUAUACCAGGCAAUGGGAUUCCAGAAUGGGCUGGCUAAGACUCAAAGAAUUGAGUCCAUUUCAAAAGCUACUAAGCUUAACAAAACGGAGCCCAAUAAGGAUUACACUGCAGGGGAACCAAAGCCUGAUCAGGCCGUUUAUGCUGAUGUCAAAUACAUUUCUUGGUUGAAAGAGCACCCUUCAGCACUGAGCUCCUUCCAAGUGAUGAUGAGUGCAGCAAAAGGAAAACAUGUUGCCGUGUUUUUAGAUUAUGAUGGGACUCUUUCGCCAAUUGUGAAUGAUCCUGACCGUGCCUUCAUGUCUAAUCGGAUGCGUUCGGCUGUAGGUGAUGUUGCAAAGCUCUAUCCGACCGCUAUCAUAAGUGGAAGAAGUCGACAGAAGGUUUAUGGUUUUGUAAAGUUGGAUGAGGUAUUCUAUGCGGGGAGCCAUGGCAUGGACAUAAUGGGACCUGCUAUUCAAGCCAGUUCUUAUGAUGGAAAGUACCAAAGCAAGACCCUUGAUAAAAAGGGAAAUGAACUCACCGUUUUCCAGCCUGCUCAGGACUUUCUGCCUUCAAUUGAAAAGAUGUUGAAUGAGUUGGAGGAAACAACUUCGGAGAUAAAUGGUGCUCUAGUGGAGGACAACAGGUUCUGCAUCUCUGUACAUUAUCGGCAUGUCUUACAAGAGGAUUUUGGAUUGCUGGAAAAGAAAGUUCAAGCUGUAGUUGCAAAGUACUCUGGUUUUCAUCUUACAAGGGGUAAGAAAGUUAUGGAAAUACGGCCAUCCAUAAAGUGGAACAAAGGGGAUGCUCUGUUGUACUUGCUGGAAACUCUAGGAUUCACGAACUCAAGUGAUGUUCUCCCUAUUUACAUUGGGGAUGACAGAACUGACGAAGAUGCUUUUAAGGUGCUCAAGAGUAGAGGACAAGGGUACCCUAUUAUAGUGUCUAGUAAUCCAAGGGAGACUUUGGCUUCUUACUCUCUUCGCGAUCCAUCAGAAGUGUUAUCUUUUCUGAUACGGCUGGCCAGAUGGGGCAAGCUAUGCUCUGUGUAGAUUGCUUAACAAGUGGAGCUGUGACGGAUAGGUUAAUUAUAUCCAAUGUACAGUUUAUAUAUAUAUAUAUAUGUGUGUGUGUGUGUCGAUAUACAUGGUAAAAUAGGAGUGGGAGCUAGGAGGUAUGCAAGGCGCUUUUUAUGGUCCGCCUGAUAAGCUCCCAUAAGGCUUGCAGAGUACUAGUAAGUAGUAGUAAUAUAUAUAGACUUAAGAAUGGAACUUGCAGUUGGGUGAAGUUUUUUGCAUCAUUUCCCAACUGCAGCUUAUUAAUGGAAACAUUUGAACUUUUCGGCUUUA